AUGGCUGAGCAAAGUCCUCUGAGUGCAUCUCACCAGUUACUCGACUUCACCAACAAGGUCAUCCUCAUCACCGGCAUCGGCUGUCAAGGCCCUGGGUGGGGAAAUGGUCUUGCAAUUGCAGCACUUUUUGCUCGUCAAGGGGCAAUUAUAUUCGGCUGCGACUUAGAUAUUUCGGCCGCAGAGCACUCCAAGACUCAAAUCCUCAACGAAAUUCCACAUGCAGAUAUAACCGUCGUGGAGGCAAACGCAACCUCAGCCCAGUCUAUGGAAGCAUUUGUGAACGCCUGUAUGCGCAAACACGGUCGCAUCGAUAUUCUUGUCAAUAACGUCGGAAGAAGCGAACCAGGAGAUCCAGCAAGCAUGUCUGAGAAUACGUGGGAUCAUCAGACAGAUGUCAACCUCAAAUCGGUGUAUCUAACGAGCCAUUUCGUACUUCCGAUUAUGGAGAAGCAAGAGAACGGAGGCAACGUGGUAAAUAUCUCGUCCGUGGCCAGCCUGCGAUAUAUCGGAAAACCUCAGAUAGCAUAUUCGGCAACAAAAGCUGCCGUGACACAGUUUACCAAGACGACUGCUGUCAUGUACGCCGAGCGCAAUGUUAGGAUGAACGUUGUUACGCCUGGGUUGAUCGACACGCCUUUGGUGCACAGGUUGGCGGAUAAAUAUGCGUCGGGCGAUUACGAGGGAUUCCGGCAGAAGAGGAACGCCCAGGUCCCUAUGAAAAGAAUGGGGACGGCAUGGGAUGUUGCUCAUGCUGUGUUAUUUUUAGCUUCAAGGGAGGCUGGAUACAUUACUGGUGCUGAGAUUGUAGUGGAUGGUGCAUUUACGUGUAGCACUGGAGAGGUUUCAUCAUGA